AUUAUUGAUCCAUUUUCCCUUUUACUUUGUAAAAUGAAAAACAAAAACCAGUAAUAGAAAUUAAUUAAUUAAAAUUCCAUAUUUAAACGUAAACGAAUUAUUUUAGUUUUCUUUUUUGAAAUUUUCAUAAUUUCAUUACAUAAAAUGUUGCAGUUUUGAUUAGUAGCAAAGCCAACGACCCCAGUCGAAAGCGCGUCAUUCCGAGAAAUGGAACAUCAGACUACGCCAUCUUGCGACUUUGGCGUCAACUUCGGUCGAAUUUGGUGCAGUAAUUUUGUGUUUUCAAGAGUCGAGUUUAUUGAAAUACUAAAUAGUGUCUGCAUUUAUAUUGCAAGAAAAGAAGCUUUUUACCCUAUAAUAUAAUGAUCUGAAUAGCAUCGCCAUGUCAGACUACAAGCAAGUGAAAGUUGACAACUGGGGGAUAUAUUUCCUCCAGCGACUGAAGCAUUUCUUCAACCGGACCGACUACUGCGACCUGACGUUGCAAUUCCAAGACAAUGCACAGCUCAAGGUGCACCGACUGGUACUCAGUGCAUGCACGGAGUACUUUGAACUCCUGGAGCGAACAUGUGAAAUGUAUGAAGAUUGCCUGGUUAUGCCCGACGACCUGCAAGCCGACGUUGUCGUGCCCAUAGUGAAUUUCAUGUACACAGGCCAGUUAGAGUUCAAAAUGGACAUGCUUGAAAGAUUAUACCAAACAUCACUUGUAAUGAACAUGCCUGUAUUAUCUAAACUGUUGGAUGCACACAGGUUGAGAGCUAAAACUGCUCACAGUUACAGUAAUAACAGCCUAAGACGUAAUAACAGAGUUGACUCAGUCAAGCAAACAAGGCAUACACCCUCACCUUCAAAUCGCAUGACUCCUAAUACAAAUAAAAGAUCUUACAGCAAUGCCUUCCAAACUCCGAGUAGUUCUAAACAAAAAGUAGUCAAAACUUUACCGCCAGUAGUGAACCAGCCAACUGUAAGUAAAAGUCCUCCAAGACCACCUUCUCCGAUGGAAGUUAUACAAAACAACAAGAAAAUGUUGACGGAACCACGUCCAACAAGAUAUGAGUUGCCGGAAGAAUUGGACACUGAUAAUAUUUUUGAGAACUCGUUCAGCAACAUUUCAUAUACAUCGACACCAUUGAUGGUUCACCCAGAAACCACAAAGCAUUAUCCUUCCAAAAAAGAUUCCCAAUUACACAGGAAACUAAUGAAAUCCUCGACCAUGGAAAUUGUUGAAUGUAAAAAAGUUAAUUCUGUUAGUAAUAAUGUAUUUGAAGAUAUUGCUGAAAAUACUAUGCAUGAACCUGAUUUGUUCCAGUCAAGUAUGUUAAAUGAAUCUCAUAAGGAUCCUAAUCAACUAUUUGAUCAAAUUCUUGAUCCCAGUGAAAGUUCUAAAGUAGUUAUUGAAACUAAAGGUGGUAAACAAGCAAGUAAUAUUGAUCAUGCUAAAAUUAUUAGUGAGGUGUUGAAAAAAUAUCCACAUUUGGUAAAAUCUAAUAAGAAUAUCAAAUUGAAGAUUCUUAAUACUCCAUCUCCUUCAAAAGUUAAAAGGGAAAAGUUGUCUAAUUUCAUAGAAGAGAAAGAAGUAAAACCGGAACCACUGGACAGAGACUAUACUUAUGAGACUGAUGUCUUAGAUUCGAAAGAAGCAGCAAAACUUAUCGCUAUGGGGGCUGAGAAUAUUAAAGGUCCGUGGAUUUGCCUCAUAUGUGGUACUCCAGGUAGAGCACUACAUUUCACAUCUUAUUAUAAAUUCCGUAGACAUCUAGUGGAGGUGCACAAUGAGAAAUGCAUACCUACAAUCUGUGAAUACUGUGGUUUUAAGUCCUUCAAGAGAAACUAUAUGGUGCAUCAUGUUUACACUAAACAUGGUGUAAAACCACCACAACAAUAUAAUUUCCCUAAAUGUAAUCAAUGUAAUUUUAUUGCUAUCACUGAAGGAUCUCUUGUGAAACAUAAAUUAUCACAACAUGCUUCAGAAAGCAAGAACUUCCGUUGUAAUGUCUGUAUGCAAGGUUUCCCUACUUAUAGCCAACUGCUUGCACAUGUCCAGAAGACUGGCCACAGAAUUACUGAUAAAAAGGCGAAUUUCCAGUGCAUUUACUGCUUGAAAGUAUUCUUACGUGAAAGUAAUUUAUAUGCACAUUUGAAAACAUAUCAUAAACGUGCAGCAAAAAGGGAUGGUAUUGUUGAUGACUCAGAUGAAGAAAAAGAUAAGCUAAAUGUCAAACGGGAAGCUGUAUCUUAUGAUGAUGAUAGUGAAGAUGGGGAUGUUCAUUAUCAAAUACAUCAAAGAGCUGAUGGGGUACAUGUUGUCUCUAAGAACUCACCACCUUCUGCAUCCACACCCAAUAAACAAAAGAUUUUAAAUGCAGGAUUUGGUAAAACUACACCAAAACAACCUCAGAAAAUUAAACCUGGACAAGCAGCACCAACAUUGCACAAUGAAUUCAUGCAAGAUGAAGUAAUUCCAUCGCAAACUGUGGCUUUGAAUAAUGAAAACAUAAUUGUGAUAGACAAUGUUGAAUAUGUCAUGAGAGAUAAUGAGUUGAUUCCAAAGAAAAACCGAAAAGAAUUCGUUAAUAUGUCUGAAUUAGUAGAUCAAGAGGCGAAGCAGCCUAUAGAUUCAAUGAGACCAUCAACUUCAAUGCAAUUUGACAAUAUUCAGGGUACAGAUAAUGUACAACAAGCAAAGAUGAUAAUCAAGAAAUCAAAUAUGAACCAACCUAUUCAAAUUGUAGUAUCAAGUGAAGAAGAAUAUAAGGCAUUAAUGGCUUCAAAUCACUCUAUAAUAUUUGAUGAUGGUGAUAGCAAUAAAACACUGACAAUGAUGACUGCUCCUGAGACAUUGGAUACAACAGGUAUAGAUUUGGAAAAUACUCAAUCAAACAAUAUGAUGAUUAUUCAAGAUGAUUAUCCAUUAAACGUUACAGAAGCAGUUGGUACCGAUAAUAACAUUGUUGUUGUGUACAGUCACCCAGUUGGUCAAAUUAAUGAUGAUACUGAUAAACAAUAUCAGAUAAUAACUUCUCAAGAUAUUGGGGCUCAAUUUAUACAAUCAUCAGCAAUGAUCACACAAAAUUAUGAAACUGUGACAACAUCUACACCAGUAAUGAGUGCAAAUGUAAUAGAAGCACAAUUACAUGAGUCAUGGCAAAAUAAUGAACAACAUAUAGAGACCCAACAAAUACACAUUACAUCUGAUGUCAAUCUCCAAGACAUAACACAAAUUCAAGUGAAGACAAAUGACACAGAUGCAAAUGAAGUAGUAUUACCUGCAGUGGAGUUAACUUCUAUACCAAAAGAGACACCUGCAGAAUUUACGACAAAUAAAAACAGUUUGCCUCGAACAACAACAACAAUUAUGAGUGUCGAAGAGGUGACUCAAAAUGAUUCAGAACAAAUUACUGACAAUGUAGAAACUGAUGAAGGUGUCUCUAUAACACCUAUGGAUGCAGAGGUACCUUGUGCUGAUAUACAAAGAAAUGAAACUGAGAUCAAUGAAGCUGUCAUUACUACUAAUGAUAUGGAUGUCACACCUGUAUCAGAAAAUAAUUUGGUUCAUGAACAAUCUGACCAACAAAUACAUACAUCAAACAUGGAACAACACGAAGAACUCAUUCAGGAUCACAAAAUCAUGGAAAACCAAGAGAUAACUGACAAAAUUGAAGAUAAUAAUGGACCACCCAUUGAACAAGCACAAGCAGAAACUGAAGAUAUUUCUGAAGAAGCACAAACAGAAACUGAAGAUAUUUCUGAAGAAGCACAAACAGAAACUGAAGAUAUUUCUGAAGAAGCAAAAACAGAGCUUGAACAUGUUUCCAAGGAAAUAAAUGAUGUGACACAAACAUGUGUUGUUAAUGUGCCCAAUAUUGAACCUGCUAUAAAAGUAACUAAAGAGCAAAUUCAAAACUUGACCUCAGAAUGGUCUGAAGAUGAAUAUGAAGUAAAUGAAGAUUCAGCUGUUUUGAAAGACAGUGCGAAAUCUGUACCUGAUGAAGAACCUCGAGAAAUAGAAGAAUCUAUCGAAAAUAUCCAACAAGAAUUAGACAAACAAAUCGUCUCUGCGGUUUCUAUCGAAGAAAGUAUGGAUUCUACAUUAAACAAAAGUAUCGACAGUACAUCGUCAGAAUUAAAUAAAUCCUUACCAAAAAUAGUACCACAAGAAACACAGCCAGUACCUGAGAAAUUAUCUUCUCUUUUGAAUGAUUGGGAGGACAAUGAAUCACAGGGCGAGAAUGAAACUCAAGAAGUUGAUCAAGAAAUUGCUAAAAGAGCAAAUGAUACUAAUGAGAGUGAACCAGAAAAUGCUGACAUUGUUACUACACAAGAAGAAAACGGAGAUGACAUUGAAGAUGAAACUGAUAUUAUCAGUAUACCACGUAACAUUCCUGCUGAACAAUUGCAAAAAUUAGAAAAGGCAGAUAUUGCAAAAGUUGAUCCAAAAAAGGAUGAAAAGCUAAAGAGUUUGGUCAGCGAUUGGGAUGAUGAUGAUGAUGAAGAAAAGGAGUAAUCUUAAGACAUAGAUUAAUUUGUAGGAUCAUUGCUUUUUACACAACAUAAUUGUGUAAUUCAAUUUAAGCAUCAAGAUAUGCUUUUGACCAUUAAUAUUUAAGAUUUAUUUGAAAUUGUUUUAAGACAACUAUUUUUACUUUUUUCAAUAAAUUAAAAGUGUCUACAUAUUUAUGUAUGGGUAUAUAGUGGUUCAGAAUUAUAUACAAAUAUAUAUGUAUUCAAUUGAAUUAAAUACCACUGUGUGGUAAAAAAAACUGGAUUGCUAUUGUUUACUGGCUAAAUUAAUUGUUAUUAUGUGUUGCACGAGUGAUUUGAUUCAUACGAAAUGUAGAAAUCAAUAAUAAAAACUAACUCAGAUGGUAGGAGACAGCAUAAAGUUUAUUUAUUUAUAAAGAAUUCUCCUAAUUAUAAAAACAUGUGAAGGUUUUUAAAUACUGAACAUGAAUGUAGUUUUUUUUUUAUAUUUAUCUGGUAAAUGUAAGCGAAACUGCCUCUUUUCUAAAUGGAAUAUGUAUUUAUUUCAAAUGAUUAAAAUGUAAUGUUAUUAGGUAAGCAUAAUAAAGUUUUCAAUGUAAAUAAAGAUAUAAAUAUGUCACUGGUUUUUAAUGAAACAACAUAUUUCAUACAAAAAUAACACAUUUACUGCAUUCAAACAUUAACUUUGCAGAAACAUUUGCAUACAAAUUGAAUAAUGUAACCUGUUGUUUGACAGUUGCUGCUUAAUAACAUGUUCGGUGAAAACUAUACUAUGUAACGGUAGGUAACUAUGCAAUAGCUAUUUAUAGUGUAAAUACUAUGAAAAGGUAUCUUUGCACUAUAAGAUCCCUUGUUCUAUAAUCUGCUUGGUUCACUUGGCCAGGAAGGCGAGAAAUAGGAAAUUAAUUACUAUAUGUUAUAGAUAAAGGAAUGUGUGAAGUUAUAUUUGGAUAGAAUUUAUUGAUCCUAGAGUCACAAGAAUAAUUUAAAAUAUGUCACAGCAAACAAAGUAAUGUAACAUUUAACAAGUUACUUCUGUAGAUGUCAAAUGUUAUGUUGUUAAUAGAAUUAAUGUAUCACAAUAAAUUUUACAUAAUCAA